AUGGUUUCCUCUCACCCGUCCUCGCUUACCUCGUCGCGGCUGACUGUGAGCCCUUUGGUCCUCGCCAAUCUAAACUCGGAGCCCGUGUCCGAGCUUCUCUACUCGGGCUUCCUCGAGCACGUGGGGAGGUGCAUCUACGGCGGUAUCGUCGACAGUCCGAAACAUCCGUCCCCGGCGAAGCUGCUGGAGACGACAGAUCACGGAGAUGAAGUGAGCAAGGGAAGGCUGGGGUGGAGAAAGGACGUGGUGGAUCUGAUUGGGAAGAAGGGGGAUUUGGAGGUGCCUAUGCUGCGUGAGCAUGCUGACUCGCCGGGGAACUUUGUCUCCAACUACCAUUGGGAAGAUGGAAUCGGACCGGUGGAUGAGCGGCCGAGGCGCAUUGAGCUGGCUUGGUUGUCAGAUGAGUCGAACAAAUUCGGGACGAACGAGUUUAUCGACUACUGCCGGAGGACCGAGUGCGAGCCGUAUAUCUGUCUGAAUAUGGGCACUGGAACUCUCAAUGAGGCGCUCGCUUGGCUCGAAUACUGCAAUGGGGUCGGAGACACUCACUGGGCGAAUCUCAGGCGCAAGCACACAGGCCGACAUGAGCCCCACAACAUCAAGUACUGGGGUCUUGGCAAUGAGAUGUGGGGUCCAUGGCAAGUCGGCAACCUCAAAGCGGCCGACUACGCCGAGAGGGCCAGGAUCUGGGCGCAUGGCUUGAGGCUCGUUGAUCCCACUAUCAAGCUCGUCUCGUGUGGCCGAGAGGGAAAUGACGAGUGGGACGAGGUCGUGCUCAAGGCCUUGAUUGGGUCGGUCGACAUGCACUCGAUCCACUUUUACUCUACGCUCAGCCAGGAGAAGGUGAAAGAGGUCAGGGGGCUGGAGUAUGAGAAUAACGUGUUUGGGCCUGCUGCGGCGGACAGAAGUAUUCAGCUCUGCAAAGCCAUGAUCAACAAGAUCAAGAUUGAGAAGAAUCAUCAGCGAGUCGAGACCCGGCCGAUCAAGGUGGCGUUCGACGAGUGGAACGUGUGGGAUGAAGUCAAGGCGCCCGGUUCAGGGGGUCUGGAGCAGUCCUACGACUUUACGGACAUGCUGGGCUUUGUCGCUUGGUUGAACUUGUUGGUCAGAAAUCAUCAGGAUUUGGGUCUGGCUUGUCUGGCGCAGACUGUCAACGUGAUCUCACCUGUUAUGACCCGCCCGGAUGCCGUCCUGAAGCAGGUCAUAUACUACCCGCUCCGCCUCUUCUCGCGCAAUAUGAAGGGUGGACAUACCCUGCACCUACCGCCCACCGCAGAUGUCUAUAACGGCGUCACAUACCCCCUUUGGAUCCAGGAGAUCUGCCCACCGUCCUACAUUGACACCUGCGCGAUGGCCCACUCCUCGCCCGAAUCCAAGAAGAUCAGUAUCCGGCUCAGCAUCCUCAACAGACACCCGACGGCCGACUGGACGCUCGAUCUUCGGGUGGACGAUAUGAAGGUUGAAGGGGUGGAGGUGCACGAGAUGUGGUCGGAUGACCUCUCUGCCAAAAACACGUUCGAGGACCCUGAGCGGAUCUUGCCUCAAGUCACCAAGUACAGCGCGAAGGAGUGGGCCGGCAAGAAGCGGGUGGUCAGGGCGCAUUCUUGGCAGUUCAUCUUUGUCGAGGGGACGAAAUUGUAG